AUGUUGUACAGUAUGCUGCUACAAGAGAAAUUCUCGAGAGUACCUCCGACGGAGGACAUAUUAAAAGAUGAACUCUUUGCAACACAUCAGGUAAACAUGUAAAAAUUGUACCUUUAAUUAUAUCAGUAAUUUAAUAAUAUAUACCUUUUCGAGAGACCUAUGGUUAAUAUGCAACUAUUUCCUUUACAUAUGAUGUUAAAUUACUCCAGGCAGAUGCAAGCUAUCAAGGAUACUUGAAACAUCUGGAACAUGAUCGAGGCUCCACCAUGAACUGA